ACAGUGGUGGCGGGGGAGCGAGUCUUGGGCACCGCCGGCGGGCUCAAAACAGUGAGAGCUACAGCUUGGGGCCCAGGCUUCUUCCUGCACUACCCUGUGCCACUACUUCCGCAGGGAUGCAGUGGGCCGUGGGCCGGCGGUGGGCGUGGGUUGCGCUGCUUCUGGCUGCAGUGGCAGUGCUAACCCAGGUCUUCUGGCUCUGGUUGGGUGCGCAGAGCUUCGUCUUCCAGCGCGAAGAGAUCGCGCAGCUAGCGCGGCAGUACGCUGGUCUGGACCACGAGCAGGCCUUCUCUAAGCUGAUUGUUGAGCUGCGGAGGCUGCACCCGGGCCAUGUGCUGCCUGAUGAGGAGCUGCAGUGGGUAUUCGUGAACGCGGGCGGCUGGAUGGGCGCCAUGUGCCUUCUGCACGCCUCGCUGUCCGAAUACGUGCUGCUCUUCGGCACCGCCCUGGGCUCCCGCGGCCACUCGGGCCGCUAUUGGGCUGAGAUCUCCGACACCAUUAUCUCCGGCACUUUCCACCAGUGGAGAGAGGGCACCACCAAAAGUGAGGUCUUCUACCCAGGGGAGACAGUGGUGCAUGGGCCUGGUGAAGCAACAGCUGUGGAAUGGGGACCAAACACGUGGAUGGUGGAGUAUGGCCGGGGUGUCAUACCAUCUACCCUGGCAUUUGCACUGGCUGACACUGUCUUCAGCACCCAGGACUUCCUCACCCUCUUCUAUACUCUGCGAGCCUAUGCCCGAGGCCUCCGGCUUGAAUUCACCACCUACCUCUUCGGCCCGGACCCUUGACCAGCCAGGCCUUGAAGGAAGACCUGUGGAUGGACAGUAGUGGGCAGGCCCACACACAUCCACUUACUGGAGAGCAUGUACACAAGCAGGGACCUACUCACACCAUGCCAAU